GCCCGUGGUCAUCAACUCGUCAUCGCAGUAUCAAUACAACUAGAAACAGGGCAGUAAGAGUAUCAGGAUACCAGCAAUAUAUCAGCAAUAAGCAAAGUAUCAGCAAUAACGAGCAGAAGUUGUGAAAAUACUCAUUUAUUGUUUGUUUUAUUGCUCUAACUAAUAUCGAGUAUUCCUCGCACUCACCGACCUACCACUCCACCGCUACUACCAGCAACAGCCUUCUUCUCUUCCCUCCUCUACUCCUCUACUCCUCAUCUCUACACAUAUCGUAACGUCAUUGCAGCGAACACGAAUUCAAUCGCCAAUCCACCGCAGUCACAAAGACCAAAGUUUGCCGUUGCGGCCUUGACAGCAAACUGUCCGUCACGGGAUGCAGAAUAUUACCCCAUCCGGCAGCCCACCUGCCGAAUCGGGCAGAGAACGUGAUGAGUCUCCCGAUCUGGGAAAUAAUCAUAAAAAUAUUAAUAGAUUUCUCGGACUCUGGGGAACUGAGAGCUCAGACUCGAUUUGUUUACUUUCGGGCUCCUGCCUCGAGAUGAAAAUAGAUCGUCUCCGCUGGAAUAAGUUAAGAAUACCCUUCCGCCCGUUCUGUUUCUGUCGUCCUGUUCUCUGUCCUUUCCCUCUGUUCUUGCCUCUAUCUCCCGUCGUCCAUCUCUCGCACUUCGAGAUGCUCAUCCUGCUCCUCCUCCUCGCGCCCUUCCUGGCGCCCGCGCUCGCUGCCAUACCUGUGACCUUGCACGCCCUCACCUCCAACCCAAGCUUCUCCAACGUCGGUCUCUACGCCCUCCCCGAAGGCGCCGGCACCAGCUACUUCUUCCUUGGCCGCCAGGGAGAGUACUCCGCCGGCGAGAUAAUCUACUACGACCGCACCAACGGCUCCUUCCACUCCGACUUUGCCCUCACCAGCAGCCCGCCAUACUACCUCACCGUCGCCGACCACCUCGUGCAGUUCACCACCACCGUGCCCGAGAUCGGCAUCGACGUGACCCCCAUGGGCCUCUUCUCUAUCGCGGGCUCGACCAAGAACUUCUUUGCCUGCAACCAAGACGUCAUCCGAGAUCCCUUCGGCUACACGAGCUCAAACUACGUCGCCAUGUAUUUUCCUUCCGAGGUCCCACUCUCUUGCAUCCCCUUCUCUAUCAAGGUCCAGGCUGUCCCCAUAUCCAGACUGACCACCACCAGCAGUACAGGCAGAGUCGCCGGCCGCCGUCGCAUCUCUCCCGUAUCCUCCAACUGAUCUACUUGUUCUCUCUCAUGUAUCAAUAGUGUCGUUGUUUUUUGUACUUUGCAUCUUAUAUAUUAGCUCAUAUAUAUCCAUCUCUUUAUUUCGUAGCCAGCACAUGAUCCACUCUUGUCCCGAGGUGACG